AUCAAUUUUAUUCUUCAUUGAAACCUUACACUAAUCAAAAAUCACUUCAUCUACAUAAUCAAAAAUCACUUCAUCUAAGCCUUUACCCUAAUCAAAAUCACUUCAUCUAAGCCUUUACCCUAAUCAAAAUCACUUCAUCUUCAUAAUCAAAAAUCACUUCAUCUUCUUCGACCACCGGAAUCGUUUUCUUCUCCUCUCUGCACAUUAUUCAAUCUCUUCAUUUUAUCAUCUGAAAAUCGCCAAUCGAUAGAACGUGGAAGCAAAAUUUCUCUUAGAGCUAAAGACAAAUCUGAAUUGAUCUGAAGUUUCAGAUCUAUACUGGCUUCAAUCAAUGGAUUCCCAUUACCUGAGACGCUAGGAAUAAAUUGGAGACUCGAAUGCGACUUCAUGAUUUAAGGUACCAAUGUUUCACCCCAGCUGAGCUUAGGGAAUAUGUUCAAGACAUUCGUUUUGUUCGCCUACCCGUCAUCAAAUCUGAAGAUUUGCUGGAUGCCAGUAUUUGUGCAGAGAUCAGAACAAGGAUUCCUGAUACUAUUGCAUGGGACUACAACUUUGAACCUGCCGGGGCUAACCCUUUAACCUUUACUGUUAAGGCCUGGGUUGUGUACAAGGAAGCAAAUUGGGUCAGCUCCAUUCUAUGGAUGAUUUUACUUAUCUCCACUGGAAGCUGCCAUCUCAAGAAUCUUUAGAGGACCCUAUGAGCUAUGUUCUUUUACGACAUCCACACAAGAGUGGCACAGAACCAAAAACAAAGUGUUCUGUUGUUGCAACUCUAAUAAUCCUUUUCAGCGUUUUGGGUGUUGUCAUGCUUGGAACCUUAGUAUACACUCUUGUCACUGAUGGUUCUCCUUUACGUGGGGAGAUAUUGACUCUGUAAGUGCUUACUAUUUUGAAAGUUGUGACCUAUAGUGUGUUUUUCUGUCUUCAUUUUCUAACUGAAAUACUCACCAAGGCAAAGCAUGUUGUUUCUGUGUG